AUGGCAAACAUGAUGGUGUCCACCCACUCAGGACUCCCAUACAUGAGUCGGUCUGGUUCAGACACUGGUGUACAGUAUGAACGUACAGUGCCUUUUCUAGAUCCUGGUUCGUACGCACCACCGGUGUACAUGUGUGUGCCACCGCCGGCUCCUCGACCCCAGGCUGCGAGAGCAUACAUCCAGCCGCAGUUCAUGGUGCCAGCGUAUCCGCCAGAUGCUUGGUACAAUGCGGCCUCGUUGGUCCCACCACACCUGCAACAACAUGGCUGGAUGCCGAUGCCAACCACGUACGCGUUGGGUCCACCCAUGUGUGCUUGGGACCCACACAGGCAUGGUUACGACCAGCAGCAUUAUGGGCAGGCCCCCCGAGGUGGACGCGAUCACAGUCAGGAGCAGCAUGGGCCACAACAUGGGCAUGGGCGUAGUCAAAGUUUCGGUUUUGGACACGCUCACAUGCCUGUUCACGGCCUUGCGCCUUUCCAUCAAAGUUGGGGCGCUGCCUCCCAUGAAACAUGGAAUGCCUGGCCACCUUUUCCUCCUCCUGCCUCGUAUAUGUUGCCCUCGUUCAGCAUACAAGCCUCCGUGCCCAAUCACCGAUCGGAUUCGACAGUGUCUGGUGCGGGUCUGACCCAACGAGUGGCGGCGUCGCCGGUUGCAUCGGCUGCUGCUGCUGUUGCUGCUGCUCCAGAGUCAGCACCGCCCUUGCCACUCGAGAAAACCGCCGUAGUUCUUUCGGAUUUCGGCGCUGAAGCCGUGUGGAAGGCAAGCGCAGAGAUUGUGGGACUUCGACGAUCAACGACACGAAGUGGCGCACGUUUGUCGUCUUUUCCCGAGGUACGCUCGCUCUCGCCAGAAGCUCUUGCCCAUGACGAAAAUUUGUCCUCGUCUUCACACAGUUCUCACAGUUUUGCUGAGCCUACGACACCGCCAAGUCCGACGCCAGCAACGGCUGGGAAGACACUGAGCGAACCAACACACGAAGCAAAUCUGUCGCCGGCUCGGGAUGAGCGUUCAGCCGAUCUGCAUCGUCUUGUACGUGCCAUGGGACACAUGCAGCAGCGACCAUUCCCUUCUUUAGGCCAUUGUUCCGCACAUCAUUCCCGCAUGCCGUCGUCAGAAAGACGCGCUCGAACGCCUAUGAAGCGUGAGCGCGAGCACUCGGUACUUCUCGGCGAAGUGAGCCCGGCCUUCCGCCAUUUUACACAUCAAGUCCUCGCGCAGACACUGGUAUCUCCUAUGACGCUGCUGUUAGCUCUGCACUACGUGCACAUGUUACAAGGCACUAUGUGGCCGGAUGAUGGCUCAGGCGAGACCCAUACAGCUCUUAGCUUGCUGGCUCAUCCGAUUUCAACGGCACCUUUCAAGCUCUUGACGCUGGGUCUCAUGAUGGCCAAUAAAUUUUUGGACGAUCAUACCUUUCUGAACAAAACAUGGCAUGAAGUCACAGGAAUCCCAUUGGAUGAGCUGAAUCGUAUGGAGUCGUUCUUCUUGUGCCGGACCCAGUUUCAACUUUCCGUGUCAGACUCGGCUUGGCGCCAGCAUGUUCAGGCUGUACGUGCUGAAGUGUACGUAUCAGAAAGUCAGGAAAAAAAUGCAACCUCGGACUCGUCUAGGGUUGUGGAUACGCUUGACCAUAUUCUUGCUGCUCACGUUUCGGGAUUGUGUAUUUGA